UCAAGUGUUGCAUCCAAGUAGGUCCCCGUCUGUCCCCUUCGAGUAUAGUGUGACGCACAGCUACCUACGCGAACGGAUGGGUGAAACGCAUUAUGUAGAGGUGCAGAUGCAUACUCAAGAAACGCAUUCAUUUACCUAUGGGUAUGUGGGAAUGCCAUAAAGCAAUGCCCAAGAUAUAAAAGCAGGACGGGAAACCAACGCAAGAUACACAACAGGAAUCGUAAAAGCAUGUCGUCUCAUUUCGUCAUCACAGGAGCGAGAGGUGGAAACACUCAGGGAGCUGAUGCACCCAACCGUCUCGAAAUCAACGAGCUCAUUAAGAGCGAGGAGCAAUUUUCGCUGUACAUCCAAGCUCUCGCGUCCAUGUUCAGCGACAACCAAGCAGGGGUGACCUCCUUCUUCCAGAUUGCCGGCAUCCACGGGCUGCCUUACGUGCAGUGGAACGAAUCCGGCAGCACGGAAAGCCCACCGCCCGACUUGCAGUGGGGAGGGUAUUGCACCCAUGGAUCCACCCUCUUCCCGACCUGGCACCGGCCCUACGUGGCUCUCUUCGAGCAAGUGCUCAACUCCAAAGCUGUGGAGAUCGCCAAGGGCUACAAAGCCGAUUCGGAGCGCUGGAGCCAGGCGGCUGCGAAUCUCCGUGCCCCAUAUUGGGACUGGGCCGUAAAUGCGGUCCUCCCGCACCAGGUCAUCCAGGACAGGCAGGUAACGAUCACCCUCCCGGACGGAACGCGAGGGGCGGUGCCGAACCCGCUCUUUGCAUACACUUUCCACCCGAUUGAUGCGAGCUUCCCGGAACCGUACAGCCAGUGGGACUCCACGCUCAGGCACCCGACCAGAGAGGGAAAGACCAAUGUCCGAGCGCUGAUCCAACAGCUGCAAUCCUCCGCGGAGGACAUCCGGUCCAGCACAUACCGCCUGCUCACUCGUGUCCACACCUGGCCCGCAUUCAGUAACCACUCGGCCGACGAUGGCGGCAGCGCUAGCAACAGCCUCGAGGCCAUUCACGACGGAAUCCACAACGAUGUUGGCGGCGGAGGUCAGAUGGGUGACCCGUCCGUAGCAGGCUUCGACCCGGUGUUCUUCUUGCACCAUGCAAACGUCGACAGGAUGCUUUCGCUGUGGUCGGCUCUCAACCCCGGCGUGUGGGUGUCGCGUGGGCCGGCGGAAGGCGGAACGUGGACUAUACCACCGAACGCGAUUAUUGGACCAAGCACGGAUCUCACUCCAUUCUGGGAGACACAGAACACGUACUGGCUAUCAACUCAGACGACCAAGACUAGCACCCUCGGCUACUCGUAUCCCGAGUUCAACGGGCUCGAUCUGACCAAGCCAGCGGCUGUGAAGACAGCGAUAUCUCGAGCUGUGAACAGGCUGUACGGCGGUGCCACUUUCUUCCAGAUGGCGACAGCAGCGAAUGGUGCGAAAAGCACCGACGCGACAAACGUCGCCAGCGCGGCACCAGUGCAAGCCAAAGCCGCACCAUCUCCCAAACCUCACACGCCCACCAUCCGUGCUGCCCUGCACACGCAGACCGAAACUACGGCACCGCUCGUCGCGGCUCACCCAGCCCCAUCGCUCUCCACACCGACGAUGCUCGACUGGUCCGUCCGUAUCCACGUGCAGAAGUACGCCCUCCCAUCGACGUUCUGCGUCCUCAUCUUCCUCGGCCCCGUCCCAUCAUCGCCCCUCGAAUGGCGCGCGUCGCCCUCGUACGUCGGCUCCCACACCGCAUUCGUGAACACGUCCUCUGCGCGCUGCGCCAACUGCACCGCACAGGCCCACGCAGACGGCGGCUUCGUGAUCGAGGGCUUCGUGCACCUCAAUGAGGCCCUCGCACGCGUGCUCUCGCAGGCCAGUUUCGAGCCCGAGGCAGUCGUGCCCUUCUUGGCCCAGGAGCUGAGCUGGCGUGUACAGCUGUCGCGCGGGGCGGAGGAGGUGCCAUUGGACGAUGCGCGCUUGGACUCGCUGGAGGUAAAGGUCGGCGCGAACUCGAUGACGGUGCUGCCUGGCGCCGAUCUGCCUACGUGCGGAGAGACGAGAUGGUUCCCUGAGAUCACACACGGAAAGCGCGGUGGAGCUUCCGCGUAGUUCCUCUACUGAUCGAUACGAGUGAGCAGAUCCCAAGUGUAGGAAAGAUUAGGAGCUUUGUAUUUGUAUUCUGUGAAGUGAAUAUGUCUCCUUUCUGAAGUUGUACCGUGCAUGAGUGCAGGAGGGUUACAAGAGUUUGACGUGAAAAAGUCAUGUGAUCCUAUCGGCUGAAGUGAUCUUUCUCCUCUUUUGUUUC